AAAUCUCAAAUAGCCUCACCGCCUCAAUCAAAUCACUCAAACUAUCAACUAUGUCGGACGAAGCUCUGGAGGCUCUCACUUCCGAAAGCCAUGGCCAUGACCACGACCAUCGCAAUGUUCCUGGGGUUUACGACGUCAAUGACUUGGAGGCUGAGGGUAUGGAUCUUGAGAUCGCUAUCGAGACCCAGAAAACAGGAUGGAAAAUCAACAAAUCUUCGACCACAGUCGAAGAUCCGUCCAUUCUUAAGCUCCAUCUGACAAAGCCCCCGGUCAGAAGUAUCGACUUGCAUUUCCCCUUGGGCGCGGAGGUUACGGCCAGAAACCUCAGGGGAGUAACUAUCAAGGACGCACUCGACGCUAUUCACAAGUUUUUCAAGAAAAGGUCUGACGAUGAGCUGGACCGUCCUUACUUGGCUGGCUUCGAGUGGGAUAAAGAAGAGUCCUGGACGCGGUUGGUUGUUCAUCUGCAAAGUCAGCCCGCCACCUCUGGUGGAUUUGGAGGUGGAGGCAGGAAGAAGAAGCGGAGAGACUCCGAGGACGAUGACUGAAGGAAUAUGCAUGGAUCAUGUUCUCCACGACACUCACUCUGUCAAAACAGCCAACACUGCAUUUGAGAAUUUAGGCUUAUCCCAUGUGUUCUUCAUGAUAAUUAAAACCCAGACCUUAAUGGGUUGACUAAGCUAAAAGACAUUAUGCAGGUUCGUCACUGUUUGCC